AUGGUUAAGAUGCCCGGGAUGGCUCAAAUCCAGACGUUCUUGAAUUUCCCUGCUGAGGAGUUUAUCCAUGUUUAUGUGAUCGUUUCGCCCCUACAGACGGGUACGGAGAAGGAUGGUGAUGAGACGAUGUCAAGUGUCUCGGUCGAGGCAGGAGUCUUUGUUACGGGACCAGGAAUUCCGCGGAUGCUCGGCAAACACUUUCAGUUCCAGUGUGGUGAGGCAGAAGAGGCCGGGGGCACAAGGUACCCAUUUUUUGCAACUGCAGUCGGCGUUAUGCGCCUGUAG